AUGGCACCGCUGCCAAGCGUGAGAGUAUCGUCAGAUAACGAUGGAAUCGCGUACCCAUUCGCGGCAGUAGGCGUAGAUUACUUUGGACCUCUGUACGUCAAGCUUGACCCUAAAACGAGAUCGAAGAAGAAUGAGACAUUAGGAAAGCGCUUUGGAUGUAUCUUCACAUGUUUACGAUACCGAGCAGUACACAUCGAAGUAGCAGAAGACUUAUCGACCGAUAAUUUCAUCAACGCCGUCCUACGCUUUGUUGGUCGAAGAGGUGCACCUCGCAUCAUCUACAGCGACAACGGCACCAAUUUCAAAGGAUCAGAAGCUGACGUGAUCGAAGCUUUGAAGUCAUGGGACGUGGAAAGGAUCCAAGGUUCGCUAUCGCGCAGAAGUGUUGAAUGGGUGUUCAAUCCCCCGUUAGCUAGUCAUCAAGGAGGCGUUUGGGAACGCUUAAUACGUUCAACUAAGAAGAUUUUGCGCUCGUUGGUCGGACAACGCGAACUAAAUGACGAAAGUUUACGUGCACUCAUGGUAGAAGUCGAGAAAAUAAUGAACGACCGACCAAUUACGCCAGUCUCAAGUGACCCACACGAUUUAGAAGCACUUACCCCUAAUCAUAUACUCCUUCUACGUCAGAACCCUUCAACGUCAGCCGGUGAGUUUAACGGAUUGGACAAGUUCAAGGCAAGAUGGAAACACGUUCAGAUGUUAGCAGAUACGUUCUGGGAAAGAUGGAAAAAUGAAUAUUUGCCCACUUUACAGGAAACUCAAAAAUGGUUGAAGAAGAUGCCCAAUUUCAGUGUUGGAGAUUUGGUACUUAUGGUCGACAAGGAUGUUCCUCGUGGUCAAUGGCCGAAAGGAUUGGUCGAGCAAGUGUUUCCCGACACUGAAGGAGUUGUACGUCGAGUGGUAAUCCGAACAGCAGAUGGCGUCUACCGAAGAGACGUGAGAAAGCUAUGCCUCCUAGAAGAGAAGCUGAUGAAAUGCAUGGAAGAUCAGGAACAUAUUGAUGAGUGA